AUGGGUAUUAUACGCCCGGCUACCCCAGGUUUUAUCGUCACGUUGGUCGCCACCGUCCUCCUGGCAGUAGUCUCUUUCUGCGUCCCAUACUUCAAGACUAUUUUUUUCCUCAAAGCAUCGAUUACUGUUGAUAAUAUCAGUGGAAACAUCACCUUUGGAACCUUGGGAUAUUGUCUAGAGUUAUCAAACGGGACGACAUGUUCAAAACCAUCCAUUGGAUAUGAGCUCGAUAUUAACGGACUAGUUGGAAAUAAGCUCCCCGUUGAAAUUCCGCAAGUGGUUGUUAAAUGGAUCACAUACGCUCUGUUCCUCCAUGUUAUUGCGCUUGCUGGUGCUGCAGGGUCCGCCGUUUUCGGUUUGCUGGCUCAUGUCCGUGAAAUGUCGAUGGCAUGCUGCAGUACCUGCAUAUCUGGCUUUGCUGCCGUAAUUGCAAUGCUCGCUUUCAUAUUCGAUCUCGUCUUCUUUUUUGUCGCAAAGGCUAGAAUCAACGAAGUUGGAACUGCGACAAUGGGAAAUGCGAUAUGGCUCACACUAGCGGCUUGGUUGCUUCUGUUCUUCAGUGGUUGCUUCUAUACCCUCGGUAGAUGUUGCAUCUCAAAUCGACCUAGGGCACCCAACACCGGCAAGAAUAGCAGUUGGGGAGGAGGGAAGUGGGGUGGUAGGGACUCGGAGAGUGGACGAAACGUGAAUGGAGACGAAAGACUACGGCUGGAUGCGGUCAAGGCGGAGGCAGACUGGAAAGCACGAACGCAGAAGGCCGAAGUUGGACUGCCUGCUUUCGCAGAGACGCAACCUCUUACAGGCCGUGUGGAAGGCGAUCAUGUGUAUAUCGAUGGCGAGGAUAACGCCAGUAGCUCCCAACUUCCCUCCUCUACAACACCACCUGCACGAAGAACAGCAGGAGGAUAUGUUCAAGGUGCUCCUGGUACACGUGCUGUAGACGAGUACUACAAUCAGCCGCAAUCGCCAGCCAGCAACACAUAUCCCCCACAGCAUCCCAAUCGGCAAGCUAGUGGUUAUUCACCUAGCGUAUAUGCACCGUCUACAUUUACUGCCAAUGUUCCGCAUUCCUCAGGCCCUCAGGGUGCUUCAGGAUAUGAAUCAUCACCUUAUUCGUAUAAUGCUCCGGUGACAGCCUCUCCUCAAGGUCAAAACCAACUUUUGGCCAUUCCUGGACAAUAUCAUCAAGACCAACGUAGGGAAUACGGGCACAGUGCAGGUGGCUCAUCCUACCACACUGCAUCGCCUCAUGAACAACACCCAUCAAGCUACUCCCACUAUGACCCGUACUCCGCGCAACCUCAACCUCAACAACAAUCGCACUACGCCGAACCCUCUUAUCUCCAUGAUUCAUACGCCGCUAACCCCCCAAUGCCCGCCGCUACGAAUUAUGCAGGUACCCCAAACCCAUACUAUAACAGUCCAAAUUCUCCACCUCUUCCCCAAGCUCAGCACGAUCGAAGUUACACACUAGGAGGUGACGGGUAUGGCGCGAGCUCAGUACCACCGCUACAAGAUUACAGCCACAAUAACACUGGUGGCCAUUUCCUCACCCAAUCUCCUCCAACAAUCAACACGAAUCUUGCCUUUGAGCAGCCAACCCAAACAAGCCCUAUCAAGGGGCCUAGACCACAACCAGGGUCAAUAGGUGAGGAUGCGCCUCCAGGUUAUGAUGCUGGUACAUCUGGCGUGACUGGUAACUGGGGCAAACGGUAG